CGCUUCUAUAAAAGUGUUAUUCUAGGGUGCCGCCAUAUGUGUCACAUUUUAUAAAAUCUUGUUAGUUUUUGCAUAAAAACGGUAUAAAAUGGCCCAAUUUGAUUUAACUUCCCGCAUGGGGCAAUAUUUGGAUCGGCACUUGGUGUUUCCAUUGUUGGAAUUUUUGUCGGCUAAAGAGAUUUACGAUGAAACGGAAUUGCUUAAAGCCAAAUUAGAUAUUUUGAGCAAGACCAACAUGAUCGAUUAUGCUAUUGACAUCCGAAAGCAGCUGUAUCCAAAUGAAGAAGUUCCUGAAGAUCUGAAGCAAAGGCGUCAACACGUUGUAGCUCAGUUACAGGAGCUUCAACAGGAAGUGCAACCAAUUUUGAAGAUUAUGGCCGACGAUGAGGUCAUGAAGAAUAUGGAAAACAUGAGGGAUUCGAAAACUUUGAUUAAUUUCCUUUCAAAGGAUUACAAAUUUGAAAUUGAGAUGAUUGAGUCUCUCCACAAACUGGCGAAAUACAGAUACGAGUGUGGCAACUAUUCAGUUUCCACUUCCUAUCUCUACUUCUGCAUGCUGGUGUUGCCCCCAAAUGACAAAAACUACUUGAGCGUCUUGUGGGGCAAAUUCGCUUCCGAAAUCCUGGUUCAAAACUGGGAAUCCGCCCUUGAGGACUUGAAUAAACUGCGCGAAUACAUUGAUUCCAGCCCCAACCAGUUUGGAGGCAACAGCCUCCAGUUGCUCCAGCAAAGAACUUGGUUGAUCCACUGGUCGCUGUUUGUAUUCUUCAACCAUGCGCUGGGCCGUGAAUUGAUAAUCGACAUGUUCCUCUAUCGCCCCCAUUACCUCAACGCCAUCCAAACCAUGUGCCCCCAUAUUUUGCGUUACUUGGCCACUGCUGUCAUCAUCAAUCGAGUGCGCAGAUCAGCGUUGAAAGACCUCGUUAAAGUCAUCCAGCAGGAAAGUUACACUUACCGCGAUCCCAUUACUGAAUUUUUGGAGCAUUUGUAUGUUAAUUUUGAUUUUGACGGUGCGAGGCAGAAACUGCACGAAUGCCAGUCUGUUCUGUUCAAUGAUUUCUUUUUGAUUUCUUGUUUGGAUGAGUUUGUGGAAAAUGCGCGUCUCAUGAUUUUCGAGACGUUCUGCAGAAUUCACCAAUGUAUCAGUAUUGGGAUGUUGGCCGAAAAAUUGAAUAUGAAUCCGGAGGAAGCUGAAUGUUGGAUCGUUAAUUUGAUCAGAAAUGCACGAUUAGAUGCGAAAAUUGAUUCCAAAUUGGGGCAUGUGGUCAUGGGGGCGCAGCCUCUGUCGCCGUAUCAGCAACUUAUUGAGAAGAUUGAUACGUUAUCGGUCAGGUCGGAGACGCUCUGUGGGCUUAUUGACCGGAGGUUGAAAGCAAGGACAGAUAUAAGGUGGGGCAAUCAAGACUUUUAAUCGCGUCGGACUCCUCUUAUAAACUGUAUUGAUAUAAUAUAAUAAAAUUUUGUAUCAAUCUCAA